AGCCUCGCCGGCCUGGGGUGGGGUCUCCUCCCGCUGCUCACUAGUCCUCCCGGAGGUGGUGGUUUCCUUUCGAACCCUUCAGGGUAACCUGGCGACCCUCUUAAACUACAGGCACUCAAACUAAACAAAAGUCCAGACUCCAGUCCAGGGCGGGAAGCAUCAUCCUGGCCCCUCCCUCCAGCUCGUACUGUGUGGAGCAACUGGAACUUUCAGGGCUCGGAUAGCUAGUGACUAAUUGCAAAGUGACUUCUGAAGGUACUGAACCAACUGACCUUUUAAUUGUCAUUUCUGCUGGCCUAGAAACACUUUACAGGAAGAUUAGCUUCUAUAAGUCAUUUGUCUCCUUUUUACUGCUAUUUGUAAACUUUCUCAGGUUGGGGAUUGUUCUGCUUUGGAGAAAUUAUCUGGUUUGAGCCAUGCAUAAUUUAUGACAAUCUCUGGCAAAACCUCAGAAAAAAGAUAUGCUCUUGUCUUGGGCGGAUGUCAGAGGCUGUGGCAGAGCCCAGUGAAAACACUCUUUGGGAGCCAGUGCUCCAACAGUGGGACAGCCUCUGGGUACUGUCUUCUCUGAGGACUAUGACACAGAUAGAGAAGAAAAAAGAGCCCCAAGCGGAGCACAGGCGACAGUGAAAUCAGAGAGGGGCUCUUUCAAGAACACUGAGUUGCAGCUGGACUCUGCUGCUCGCUUGCUGGCUGGACGGUGAAAGUCUUCCAACUGGGGUCCAAGAAAAGGGAUAGGACAUGGCCUACGAAGUGCAUCUGGAUUCCCUCAAGGAGUCAGAGCAGGAGAUCAUCCUCCAGGUCCUCUACCGAGACCGGGCUGUGCGAAGCAUAGAGGAGGAAAGGAUACGGAGACUGAAGACACAGCUGCAGCAUCUCUGGUGGAGAGGGUCGCAGGGGGCCAGCCGCGAAUACAAGGACAAGUGCUGUGCACGCUGCCAGAGGGCGCUGGGGCGGCUGCUGAACCGGGGCGCUGUGUGCCAGGGCUGCAGCCACUGCGUGUGCUCCGAGUGCCGCGUGUUCCUGCACAGGACCUGUGCCUGGAGGUGCACCGUGUGCUUCGAGGACAGAUAUGUGAAAAUAAAAACUGGAGAAUGGUUCUUUGAGGAACGAGCCAAGAAAUUUCCUACUGAAGGCAAACGGGAGACAGCUGGGGCAAGGCUCCUGCAAUCUUAUCAGAGGCUGAGCACAAUCUCCGUGGUUCCUCCUACUCCACCUCCACUCAGUGAGAGCCAGUGCAGCGGCAGCCCUGGCAGGUUACAGGAACUGGGUCAGUUUAAAGGAUUUAAUAAGUCCCUGGAAAAUUUGUUUCUGUCUGUUGCCACCCACAUGAAAAAGCUUUCCAAGUCCCAGAAUGACAUGACCUCUGAGAAGCAUCUUCUAGCCACGAGCCCCAGGCAGUGGGCAGGCCAGACGGAGAGACGGAGCCAGUCAGACACUGCUGUCAACGUCACGACCAGGAAGGUCAGCACACCAGAUAUUCUGAAAUCUCUCCGUCAAGAAGAUCCCAAACACUCUACUAGCCCUGUUUUGAAGCAAGAGAAUCUCCCAUCCAUUUUAACUCCUACUGCUUUGUUCUCUGGAGGCUUGAGACAUAGAAGUAUAAUUAGCAUUAACAGCACUUGCACAGAAAUGGGUAAUUUUGACAAUGCUGAAGUCACUGGAGAAAUAGAAUUCGCCAUUCGUUAUUGCUUCAAAACUCAUUGUUUAGAAAUAUGCAUCAAGACUUGUAAGAAUCUUGCAUAUGGAGAAGAAAAGAAGAAAAAAUGCAAUCCGUAUGUAAAGACCUACCUGCUGCCUGACAGGUCCUCCCAAGGGAAGCGCAAGACUGGAGUGCAGAAGAACACACUGGACCCAACCUUUCAGGAGACCUUGAAGUACCAGGUGGACCCUGCCCAGCUGGUGACCCGGAAGCUGCACGUCUCCGUGUGGCACCUGGGCACACUCACCCGAAGGGCGUUCCUCGGAGAAGUGGUUGUUCCUCUGGCCACAUGGGACUUUGAAGACAAUGCAACACAAUCUUUCCGCUCGUAUCCACUCCGAGCCAAGGCUGAGAAAUACGAAGAUAGUAUUCCUCAGAACAAUGGAGAACUUGCUGUUCGGGCCAAAUUGGUCCUUCCUGCAGAGCCUAGAAAACUCCAGGAGGCUAAAGAAGGAGAUCAGCCAUCACUUAAUGGCCAACUCUGUUUGGUAGUGCUGGGAGCCAAGAAUUUACCUGUGCGGUCAGAUGGCACCUUAAACUCCUUUGUUAAAGGAUGUCUCACUCUGCCAGACCAACAAAAACUGCGUCUCAAGUCCCCAGUGCUGAAGAAGCAAGCUUGUCCCCAGUGGAAACACUCCUUUGUGUUCAACGGUGUAACCAGGUCUCAGCUGAGACAGGCAAGCUUGGAGUUAACUGUGUGGGACCAGGCCAUUUUUGGUAUGAACGACCACUUGCUGGGGGGAGCCAGACUUGGUUCAAAGGGAGAUGCUGUUGGUGGUACAGACUCAUGUUCACAAUCAAAGCUUCAGUGGCAGAAAGUUCUUUCCAGCCCCAAUUUAUGGACAGAUAUGACACUUAUCCUGCACUGAGGAAAAGCUUCAGAAUUCCAGGGUAAAACGGGUGUGUUGAAGUGCUGUGUGCCUGCUAAGGGUAGCAGGGUGUGGAGUGACUGCUGGACAAGAACCUCAGGAUUAUGUACACUCCAAUUCAGUUCUGUAUCAGUGCCUAAAAUAGCCCUCCACAUCUGUAUUCAACAGAGCAAUUAUCACUGUGACAAAUCAGUCUUGGAUUGACUAGUUUGAGUCAUGGAAAAUGGCAAGAUUUCAAUAAAUGCUCAGCAAUUACCCAUCUCUGUUUAAUCAAACAGUGAAAAUCACAGCUUUGUUAUGUGCAUUCAGAGAAAAAUGAGGCUGGUGGGUGUUCAGUCCCUCCCGCUGGCCCGUGGGGAACCUCAGCGCAGUUAGCCAUCGCUGUGGAUGCCGUUUCCAGGUGGUAAGCUCUAGGGCCCAGGGGACGUGGGAGCCCCUCACAGGGCAUGGCUGACGGGGCUGCAGAGGACCUGGGCAGUGCGAGCAGGCCUCACACCUCUGCACAGUGAGUGUUGUGUGUCUGCAGCAUGGAAUGCGAAUUGAAACAGGGCAAAGCAGUGCACAGAAAGGAAAGCUAAGAAUGAGCAGAGCCAGUGGCUUAGGAAAGC